GUCACACUGCCACUGAAGUCUAAUUACUUUUUCUUGUGCCGCAGCCAAUUUAAUAAUUUAAUCUAAUAUAUCAAUACAAAACUAAAUACGGAGAUCUUGUUGUUCCUGAGUUUAACUUGUUUGUACCAAUUUACGUGCCCAGUGAAAGGCAAUUAAGCAAUUAUAGUUGCAUCGGCGUGAAAUUUAGCACGCCGCCGCCAAGGCGGUGGCGUUGGUAAUUUCGCAAAAUGUAUUUUCUGCCGUGGUCAAAACGAAAGCGCGUUACGCCAGCAGAGCAGCAGCGGCCUCAAAGAAAGGCAGCGCGGCAGCAGCGAUCGUGAGAGAGUUUACAUGAGAGCGCACCAUUCACAGCAAAUGUGAAUCGUGCGUGUGAAAGAGAGUGCAAAAGGAAAAAAGUUUAAAAAGCAGCGUAGAUAGCUCAAAAGUGAAAGAACCGAAAAACAAACAAUAAAUAAAAAAUAAAAUAAAAAUGAGUGCCAACAAGCGACGCCGUAGCAACAGCGAGAGCAGCCGCCAAAUGGCCACAGCUGACUGCAUGAAUGCAGCCAAGGAUGUGCGCGGCGGCAGAGGAAUUCAACAUUCAACAAUUGACGCCAGCGUCGGAGACGGCGUUGCCGAGCUGCUUCAAAUGCCGCGCGUGUGUCGUUGUUGUUGCAAAGGCGACAUGGAAUUGCUCGGCAUUUUCGAGGCCAGCGUUGAGACAGCCAAACAGACAACACAACCUCAACGCCGACGCAAAACGACUACAAUUGAAGAAGCAGCAUCAACAACAACCACACAACAAAAACAACAACAGCGCAAAAGUGAUAAUCCCGUUGAAUAUGCGCUCAGCGGUGCGCACAGCAGUAUGGACACUGUGUUAGAGGAGAUGAUCAUUUGGAUGCUCAAUAUCUCACGCGAUGAUGGCCUGCCCCAGGAGAUCUGUCGGCAGUGCAAGGCACAGUUCAUAAUGGUUGCCAAGUUCCGGCGGCGCUGCUUGCGUGUACAGCAGCGGCUAGAGGAGUAUGCCAAGGAGAUAGCCCAGCGCAAGAAAUGUCUGGCCGCCAAGCAAGAGGAGCAACCACAGCAAAAUGAGCCAUCUGAAGAGUAUUAUCUGCAUCUGCCCGAGUCACAAAUUGAGCGCAAGCGUCGCCUGGUGCUUAGUAAGGAGGCGGCACAGUUGGAAUCGCAGCCGAAACAAGCCAAAACUGAAGCCGAACGCGUGCCGACGCCGCCCAAGCUGCGACGCCUGCAGCUUAGAUUGCGCAACAUGCGCAUUGCCUCCUUGCCAGCCAACCAGAUUGAGACUGAACAACCGACGCGAAGUGCGUCACAGCAGGGCGAAUUAAAGGAGCGGACGCCACUGAGAAUGCUAUGCAAAAAAAUGCACAUGCCCUGGAAAACGAAGGCGGCACGCAAACAGCUCUCAGAAACGUGGUCCAGCUGUUCGACGGUCUCCCACUGCCGGGCAGCAUCCAUAACGUCAGAGGAGCUGACAAAGGCACAGUUGGCGACACCGUCGCGGGCGAAGAGUUCCGACCCGGAGACCGAAACAAGCGCAGGUCAAACGUCACCCGAGCAGCUCAGCGAUUUGUCCGUGAAUCCAUGUCACGGCUUCGAAAGCGACUGCCAAGGUUGGUCGCCCCCCUCCUCCAUUUCAUCAGUAGCUAUUCCCGCCACCCAGAACGCAACGACGCCUCAGCCGAUUGCCCAGCUUCAGUUUCCACCAAAGCGCGAGACGCCCAAAAAACAGCUCGUGGUGCUGCGACGAGGACGACGUGGGCGUAGCUGUGUGCCGCUGAAGCGAGCGAAGCGCAUUGCAAAGAAAAAGAAGAAGCAGGCAACUGCAGAGAAUCAUUUGUCCAAGCAGAAGAUGGAGCAGUCGACCAGUCAAUCAAAAGAGCAACAGUCUGAUGAGAUACUCGCAGCCGGGGCAGAGGAGAAGCUGGCCAGCAGCUCCUCGGAAGAGACGCCGUGCUACAGUCAGGCUGUACAAUCAGAAACCACCUCCGAGGAUCUGGCGCACAUGACAACAGAUGAGCGAGAAAAACCAAGUGAAACAGCCGCAGAUGCGACCAGAGCCGCUGAGAGCGGCAAGGAGAAGUCCACAGUAGCAACAAGUAAGUCCAUGGAACAGCUGGAGCACGCGGCGCCAGAGCAGCUGCAGUCGCCCGACGCAACUGAACACCCUGCAGAAAAUGUAAACAAUCAAACUCAGGUCAAAAGGCCAACAGAACCAAUGCAAAGCAUAUCAAAGAAAGUAAACGAGACAGAGGAACAUAUGGCCGUAGAUGUAACCAGCCCUUUAUACACACACAAUGGAACUGCAGAAACAGCUGAUUCCACAGUUCAAUCUGAAGAGCUCACUUCAUCCACCAUGGAGCACAGCCCCACAAUCCAGGGCAGUCAAUGCCUGUCGCCUGUCGAAGCGCCAGCUUCCGAAUGCGAAAUAGAGCUGGGCAUUGCAAAUAAUGAGCAGCAGCACGCAGAGCAGCCGCCCCAAGAAGAGCAGGCCAAUGCAGGGCCCGUGCAGCAGGCGGAGGAGCCAGCGUCGGAGCUUAUAGUUAGCAUACCGUUAGAUGUGCUCGGCGACGAGUUGCAGCGAAAACUAUGCAGCAGCGAUCCAAUCGCACAGGCUGAGGAAGAGGAAGCUCAAGAUGCCGAGCCCAAGGAGAUCGCGGAGGCGGACGAUGUGAAUAACAAUGAGAAUGGUGAGAAUUUUUGCCAGAGUGCUACAGCAGAUAGCUUCAAUGCUGCUGUGGCACUCACAUCCAAACAAAUUGAAGCAGAACCAAAUGGAGGGAAGGCAAUUGUGCCACUCGAUGACGACAUGGAGUCCCUGGAACGAUUAGCUGAUAUGCAGCCGCAUGCACCGGUUGCGGAAGUGCAGCCGCUCCGUACUGUGAAUGCCAGCUCCAUGGAUUUCUUAGCCGAAUUCGAGAAGCACUGUGAGAAGACGCUCAAGCUGCAGGCGAAGGAACCGCCACUGGAAACGGAACUAGAACUGGUGGAGGCCAAACAGCAGCUGGAGGUGGAAAUGAACGAUGUGGAGACCACCCUGCAUGGCAUACUGAAUGAGAUGCAGGACCAGCAUCUCUAUACGCCCGUCUGUACGCAGAUUGAUGAAUUUCUAACGCCUGCCGAUUAUGUGCCGCUCAACGAGACGGAAACGCCAGAGGCCACGCCAACGGCACCAGAGCUAUACGCGUCGCCAGCUGAGACACCUCAGGGGCAGGUGCCGCCACAGCAGCAGCAACAGGUGAAGGAGGGGAAUCUGUUUGAUAGCAGCAACUUUAGCAAUGAGCUGAUCGGCUUCCAAAAUGAUAUGCCCUGCUUUGAGAACAUUGAGGCAACGCCUGAGUCGAUGGCAGCGCAGCAGAGCCUGCAGCUGGAGCUGACGCAGUUGCUCAAUGAGCUUCAGCCGGCCCAGCAGCAGUUACAACAGCAGCAAUUAGCACAGCAGCAACUGCAGCAGCAACAGCAGCUGCAGCCGCUGCCGCUGCAACAACAGCAACAGUUGCAGGUACAGCAGGUACAGCAGGAAGCUGUCAGCUAUGAGGCAGUGUAUCAGGCACCGCUUACCGCCCAAGCUCCAGUGAAUGGCAAUAAGUUGCAGCUCAUCCAAAUGCAGCCGCAGGAGACGCUGUGGCAGGCACAGGCAACAACCGCACAGCAGACGACAACCACACAACUGCAAUGGUCGACUGUGGGCGGGCUGGAGGCCAUCAAGACAACACCUGUUGCCGGCCUGGAUAGUCUAGAUGGCAGCGGCACAACCACCUACUACAUCAAUGCCAGCGAUCUCUACCAGACGCAGCUGCAGCAGCAACCAGCUCACCUGACGGGCGAUAGCUAUGCACUGCUCGAUAGCAAUGAGAACUACGUGCUGGAGGAGCAGCAACAACAGCAGCAGCAGCCCAUUAUGAUACUCAUACAGCAGUCAGAGCUGCAGCAGCCAGAACUGCAGCAGCCGGUGGCAUCCGCCAGCAAUCCGCAACAGGCGCCGCUGCAUAUAACAUACGGCACCAGCCUGUCCAAUGAGCUGCACACCUAUCCCCAACAGCAGUUGCAGCAGCAGCACCAGCAGCAGCACCAGCAGCGGCACCAGCAGCAACAACAGCAGCAGCAGGAACGUACACAACAAAAGCCACAACAACAAAAACCUCACUCACAGUCACAACAACAAGUACAAAAUACAGUAUUAGGCUUGGCUGCUGCCGUACCGCCGCCCACCCGCGGCCGACCGCCGUUGCUCAAGUGCCGCUUCUGUCAGAAUGGACCGCGUUUCUCCAGCAGCCUGGAGUAUAGUCGUCACAUCAUUGAGCUGCAUCCGGCCGUGGCGCCCUUUAAUUGUCCCCACUGCCCGCUGGCCUUUGCCGGUCGCAGCAAGCGCAGCCAGCACAUCCUCAACCACCACAUGGUGCAGCAGUUCCACUGUGGCCAAUGCUCACUGAUGUUACCCUCGCAGCGUGCUCUGGAUUUGCAUCUGCAACGUUUUCACAUGCCGCUGCCAACGGAAUCGGCCCCGUCCGAAAAUCCAGCUGCUGGCGCCGUUCGCCUAGACGAGGUUCAACUGCAAAUAGCCAACAAGAGAGAGCUCCCAAAACUGCAGCAACAGCAUAGGUCGCCGCAUAUGCCUGCUUUGGAUCUUGAAACAAGCCCGCCACAGCCACGCAGGACGCGCAUACUAUGCUGCCCGGACUGCGAGGACUGCUCAAGUGGACACAGUCAUGGCAGCGGUCAGUCGACAUACGAGGAGCUGACCAAUCUGCAGCCACCGCCGACGGUGCUGACGCCGCCGUCGACAAUUGCAUCAUUGCCGUCGCCGCAGCCAACGCCGCACAUAACGUUGCCCUCGCCGGAGCAAUCGGAGCCGGACUCGACGACGGCAACCUUGCGGCAGUUUCGCAAGCGCUGCGUGGCCAACAGCACGACAGGAACAACAACACCAGUCGCAGCACCAACGGCAGCAGCUGCAGCAGCAACAAUGCUAACAACAGCCGCAUCGCCGUCGCCCUCCUCGUCGCCGUCCUCGUCGACCAUGGAGACGAGCGUAACGCUGCAGCUGGGCAAACUGAGCAGCAGCCAUCAGUGCGUGAUCUGCGAGAAGCGUUUCACCAAUAUCAUAGCGCUUCGCAAGCACCAGCAGCUGGCCCAUGAUUCGCAGACAUCCAUGCCCUGGGUGUGCGGCAUUUGUAAGCGUGGCUAUCGGAAACGCACCGACAUGGAUAAUCAUAUGAAAUCACAUGAGCCCAAGGGUCGUCCGUACGAGUGCAAUGAGUGCUGGGUACGUUUUCCGGAAUUCAAACAGCUGGCAAUGCACAAGUUCACCGUCCAUGAGCUGAUCAAGCCGCAUACCUGCGAUGAGUGUGGUAAACAAUUUGGUACGGAGAGCGCCUUGAAGACGCACAUUAAGUUUCACGGUGCACAUAUAAAUACCCACCUGCCGCUGGGCGUAUUCCUAAACGAUAAGAUGCCCAGCAGCGUGAGCAGCAAAUUUGAGAAUCCUUCAACGCCAGCAACUACCGAGGAAUCGCUGCCAUUGACGCCGCUUAGCAAUUGCAAUGGUAACGGCGGCAGCAUCGAGGAUUGUCCCGGCUCUGUGGAGUUGGUGGAGAGCAGUGUAGCGCCAUCGUUGGAUAUGAUUGUGGAUACGCCAUAACGAUUGUCGCAGCUUUAUUAUUUGGUUUAUCAGGAACCAGGAACGGAACCUUCCUAUUACUAUUGCUAUGUCUAGCGAUGGCUUCCAUUUUUAAAUACACACAGAGAGAGAAAACCCAGCACAACAGGAAAAACUGUUGCAGACUGCAUUGAAUGCACACAACUAGUUGUAAGACACCACACACAAAAAAUACUUAGUUACACUUAAGCCUAGAUCUAAUAUCAACAAAUGGGGGAUAUUCAUUGAAUGAAUGUUAUAUAUGGGUACGACGAAGUACUGCAAAAACAAAUUGUGAACAAAAGGUUUGCAUAUACUUUUUAUUAUGGAACCUCAUUUCAGGUGCAAACUAGAUAAAACUAACAUGCGGCACAGUUCUAAAUAUUAUAUUAAUUUAAGACAAGUCUUGGUUACAGACAACCUAACUAUUUGCCUGAAGAAUUGAAUCAGACACUCUGCCAUGGGGAAAAUUACUUUCAAAACGCAUUUUUAAAUAAUGGAACUGAUGACAUUGAUUGAACUCUACUUAAUUUAGUUUUUAAGACGCCUAUUAUUAUUCUAUUUUAAUUUCAAUUGGUAAAUGUUUGGCUCUGAGUUCCAUUUGAACAAAUUUUGAAACGCAAACAAUCAAUUAACUCAGAUAUCAUUUAAAAUUUAGUUAAGGCUGAGCUCACUUAAUUUGUAACCUUUAGUUAUAAAACGAAAUAGCGCUAGUGACAACAAGAACUACUACACGAACCACAUUGUUUAUAACUUUUUAUUUUUAAAUAUAAAUUACGUAAUAAACAAGUUAUGUUUUAGAGUGCGAUAACAAAAACAA